AUGCCGCCUGCAAAGAAGAAGGAUGCGAAGAGCGAGAGGGGGCAACAGAAGGCCUUGGAGAAGGAAAAACAGAAGGUCAUCGAGGACAAGACCUUUGGACUGAAGAAUAAGAACAAAUCCAAAGCCGUACAAAAGUUCAUCAAGUCGGUGCAGCAGUCCGUCAAGGGCCCCCAGAAGGGGGGAGAGGCUCAGGAGAUUGCCAAGAAGAAGGAGGAGCAGCAGCUCAAGAAGGCGCAGCUCCAGCAGCAGUUGCUUUUACAGGCCCUUUUCAAGGGCACGGAAAAUGUGAAGAAGGUUGCGAGCGAAACGACUGUGGGGACAUACGAUCCUAAGGAGUCGAAACUUGAACAGAAGAUAGACCUCUAUAUUGAUCAACGGGAACAGAAUGGAUAUGUUCGGCCGGGAGGGGGUGGCGGAGAAGACGUUGAUACAGAAACUGCGAUUGUAUGCAAGUAUUUCUUGGAGGCAGUAGAGCGAAAGCAAUAUGGCUGGUUUUGGGUCUGCCCUAACGGAGGAGACGCGUGCAAAUACAGGCAUUGCCUUCCACAAGGCUAUGUGUUAAAAGGCGAAGGGGAGGAGCUGGUCGCGGAGGAAGAGGAGGAGCCCAUUGAGGAAAAGGUCGAGAGAGAGCGUCAAGCACUGCCUCCAGGAGGCACCCCCGUAACAGCGGAGACUUUUGCCGCCUGGAAAGCUCGCAAGGAGGCUGAGCGGCUGUCUGAGUUGGAGCAGCAGCAGAAGGAUGCUAAGAAGGCCGCAAAGGGGGCAGCUGGCACAGGCCCGCUUCUCUCUGGGAAGGACUUAUUUUCUUUCAAUCCGUCUCUGUUCGUUGACAGUGAGGGCGCAGCUGAUGAGAGGGACUAUGAGGAAGAUCUGGAUUGGGCAGAAGAGAUGCGCAGAAAUCAGGAAACCCUUGAUGAGGCGAACGCAGCAGCGCGAGUCGUUGCUCUGCAAGAGGAUGGGAAGGAUGCUGAGGAGGGAGGCAGCAGCGGGGGGAAGGAGAGUCUCAAGCGACAGGAGCAAGAGACAGACGGUGAAGGGGUUCAGUCAGAGCCAAAGGCGAAGGCAGAGAAAGACGCGCAGCCGAUCAAGGCUGAGCUUUUCGUGGAGGACCUUACGCCAGAGGAGCUGGAGGCCCUCGAUGACUGA